GCCUCCCGCGCCGCAUGCUGAUCGACGCGCCAAACUGACUUCGCUCCUCCAAGCUGCUAGCGCCUUUAUAUCUGUCACAUGCAUUCUCUCCCCGUCCCCUUCCCCGCUCGCCCUUGUUCCUCCAGCCACCCGCCUCCCCAUCCGCUCCCCUCUCUGAAUGUCCUCCAAACGGGGCCGCAAGCGGAAUGACAACCUCCCUCCCAAUCGCGCACGAGACGUCCAGAGGGCCUUCCGCGCCCGCCGCGCAGCCCAUCUCGAGGCCCUGGAGACCAGAGUGGCGGAGCUUGAGGAAGAGAACAACACCCUGCGCGCGGCACUGAGCCUCCCGCCCGCGAAUCGACUGCCGCUAGGCAGAGGGCCUACGGGCAAGGACAAGCCCAAGUCGCAACAAGCGCAGCAGCUGUCCCCGACUAAUUCCCUCCCCUCCAUGCCCGUUAGUCGGCACGACUCUCCGUCGUCCGCGUCGACCCGAACACAUUCCUUGUCUCCGACCAACUUCAGUUCCGCGCUCGGCCAGACCGGCGCCGUGUCGGGGAUGGACUCCUCUGCUUGGGAUGGCUCUGCAUUCAUGAGCAAGGAUCAGCCAGAGCCCGGCUCUUCUACCGCCUCCACCAGUUACACACUCCCGCCCGUACCGGGCCCGUCUACUUCCCAUUCCUCCGCCUAUCCACCGUCGGCAUCACGCCAGUCGCUGGACGAAGCGUACGUCCCCCUUACGAGCUAUCAAUACUCUCCAGAGAGAUCUAUGGCUUCCGCCGACCCUUACUCUGGCACCGCCGGGUCGGGCUUUCUCUUGCGGGAUGAGCGCCGCCCUUUCGCGUAUCCACAACCUUCGUUUCCCACGCAUGCCGGCCAGCUUCACGCUCAGUCUUCUCCGGUUUCUGCUGUUUCUCCUUCGAUGCCGUCUGCAGGAGGCGCGAACAUGCAGUCAUCCGCACCAUACGCUCACCGUCGGUCCGUGACCGAACCGCAGGGUUAUCGGUCGGGCUUUCAGCUUAGUUCCAUUCCUCAAAUGCGCAUUCCGCAGCCGCCAAAUCUGCCAAACCGCCUGCCCUCCCCCAGCCAGCUCGCUGGAGCGGGUGGCGCGCCGCCGCCACGCCCGGGCUACGAGUACGGCGAUGAACGGAAUCUCGACAGAAUGCGCUAGAAUUAAUCGCAUCUCCAGGUUAUAUUUUGGAUCUAUCUCCGUCGUCGCACCUCUAGGACUUACGCAUCACAAAAGCAUAAUACUGUAUCGCUACUAUCCCAAACGCGCCCGUCCGUGCAGCCGCUCUCCAUCCGCUCUCCUGCAUAUACAUGUACCAGCAUCUGUCUACUUAGAAUCCACUACGUACGGGCAAGGCCCGUCGUAAUAAUGCCAUCUCGAGACCCGCC